CUUACAAAACCCGACGUUUUGUAACGUGUCUGAAAACGUGAGGUGGCCGCUCCACACGAGAGCAGUCGCUGGGGAGAAACAAGGGAGGCAGCAGGCAACAGCUCUCUGAAACGAAGCGAGUUAUUUGUCUUUGAGAUAAAACUGCCGCUGCAUUAUCGAAUACGAAAACAAUGUCCACCUCUCGUACUGUUAUAUGUUUACUGAGAAACGACUUGCGUCUCCACGACAAUGAGCUUUUCCACUGGGCUCAAAGAAAUGCAGAGUACAUUGUCCCACUGUACUGCUUCGACCCCAGACAUUAUGUGGGAACGUACAACUAUAACCUACCAAAGACUGGGCCUUUCCGCCUGCGCUUCCUGCUGGAGAGCAUCAGAGACCUCAGAAGCACACUGCUCAACAAGGGAAGCAAUCUGGUGGUGAGACGGGGUAAACCAGAGGACGUCGUUGCUGAGCUCAUCAAGCAACUGGGUUCUGUCAGCACCGUGGCUUUCCACGAAGAGGUAACCUCAGAGGAGCUGAAUGUGGAGAAAAGGGUGAAGGAUGUCUGUACACAAAUGAAGGUCAAAGUUCACACCUGCUGGGGGUCUACACUGUACCACAGAGAUGAUCUUCCAUUUCACCACAUAUCUAGGCUGCCUGAUGUGUACACUGAGUUCAGAAAAGCAGUGGAGGCCCGGAGCAGGGUGAGGCCUCUGUUUCCAACCCCCGAGCAGCUAAAACCUCUUCCUCCAGGGCUGGAGGAAGGAGCCAUUCCCACAGCACAGGACCUGGAACAGACAGAGCCUCUAACUGAUCCUCGCUCAGCCUUCCCCUGUAGUGGUGGUGAGAGUCAGGCUCUGGCUAGACUCAAACACUAUUUCUGGGACAGUGAUGCAGUUGCAACUUACAAGGAGACUCGUAACGGCUUGAUCGGUGUGGACUAUUCCACUAAAUUUGCACCUUGGCUGGCGAUGGGUUGCAUUUCACCCAGGUAUAUUUAUCAUCAGAACAAGCAAUAUGAGAGGGAGCGGACAGCCAAUCAGAGCACAUACUGGGUGAUUUUUGAACUUUUGUGGAGGGAUUACUUCAAGUUUGUGGGUGCCAAGUAUGGAAACAGACUUUUUCAGCUCGAAGGACUUCAAAACAAAUCUGUGCCGUGGAAAAAGGACAUGAAGCUUUUCAAUGCGUGGAAAGAGGGACAAACAGGAGUGCCCUUUGUGGACGCCAACAUGAGAGAGUUGGCGCUGACUGGCUUCAUGUCCAACAGGGGGCGACAAAAUGUUGCUAGCUUCCUCACAAAGGCUGGGCUGGACUGGAGGAUGGGAGCUGAGUGGUUUGAAUACCUUCUGAUUGACUAUGAUGUCUGCAGCAACUAUGGAAACUGGCUUUACAGUGCUGGUAUAGGAAAUGACCCCAGAGAGAACAGGAAGUUUAACAUGAUCAAACAAGGCCUCGACUACGACAAUAAUGGUGACUACGUUCGACAGUGGGUUCCAGAGUUGAAAGAGAUCAGAGGAUCUGACGUGCACACACCCUGGACCCUCAGCUCUGCUGCUCUGUCACAUGCUCAUGUGUCCCUCGGUGAGACCUACCCCAGCCCCGUCGUCAUAGCACCUGAAUGGAGCAGACACGUUAACAAGAAACCGAGUGGCACAGGGCCGUCACCAAGAGGAAAGAAAGGCCCAUCUCAUACUCCCAAACAGCACCGGGACAGAGGCAUAGAUUUCUAUUUCUCCAGAAGCAAAAACCUGUGAUCUGCCACUAAAACACUAAAUACGUGGAUGAUGCUCAGAGGAUGGAAGCUUCUGUGAUGCAAACCUGGACUGUUGCUGUAAAAUCUGUGUCACACUGUCGUGCUGAUUCAAGGAAGUUGUCAUGAGGAUUUGAGGAAAAUGUACGUUCCCAAUUACACUUGAAUAGCUGAACUUGGUUGAUCUAUAUUUAUGCCAUACCUUUUAUAGACUGUUUCCUGUUAUGCUGCAGCAACAGGGAAAGUUACGCAGUGGUUUUGUUUUGCUGCAGUGGAUCAGUUAUGAUGAUUUGAUCUGUGGUUUUUGCGCAGAUCAUUUUCUUACACCUGCUUGAAUACACAGUUGUUUUUACUUUGUAUUCAUUUCAAGGUUUGCCUAUUUGUGGCAGUUACAAAAUAAAACGGUGAACGGGA